CCCCGAAGAAAACAAUCCAAAAUAAAAAUUGUACAAACAAGAAAAUCAGAAGAGGGAAAGCAGGCAAGAAGCGAAGAUGGAUUUUAGUGUUCUCAAUGAAGCAUUGGCCUCCAAAUCCUUCGAUAAGAUCGCUGAUAUAUGCGACAAUCUCAUACUUCAGGUAGCAGCGGAGGGCGUUCCUUUUCAAGACGAAUGGCCUUUCACAAUUCAUCUUCUCGGCCACAUCUACGUUGAUGAUAUUAAUAGUGCAAGGUUUCUUUGGAAAUCGAUACCUCCGGCAAUCAAGGAGAGCCAACCAGAGUUGGUUGCAGCCUGGAAAAUCGGUCAGAAGCUGUGGACGAGGGACUAUGCUGGUGUCUAUGAAGCUAUUCGCGGCUUUGAUUGGAUUCAAGAAACUGAAGUUCUUAUUGCUGCUUUCUCAGAGCUUAACACUAAGAGGAUGUUUGAACUGCUGCUAUCUGCUUAUUCAACAAUAAGCAUCCAUGAUGCAGCUCAAUUUCUUGGAAUGAGUGAGGAAGAUGUCACAAAUUAUGUACUCCGGCAAGGCUGGACGGUCGAUUCUGAUUCUCAAAUGCUUACUGUGACAAAGCAGGCUAUUGUGAGAGAGCAGAAACUAGAUCCUGGCAAAUUGCAGUGCCUGACGGAAUAUGUCUUCCACCUUGAACAUUAAAUGAUUUGUAACUUUUGAGCUUCUUUAAGCAAGUUAAUGCUUCUAAUAUUUGUCAAAAUUUUGGGAGCUUCUUCAAACUUCAUUCACCUUUGCUUUUAUGUUUGGAACAGUUUCAGUUGAAUAUCUAAUCUAUGUGUAAUUUUAAAGC